AUGAAGGGUUUGCAGUCCACAUGGAAUCGUUACACUUUGGUGAGAGCCCAGUUGAAUGAGGUAAGGUUCUUUCAAUGGGUUUCAUUAGAGGAUAUUUUUUCAAAAUUUCGUUACUUCAUGGACAAGCUUUUGGAGCCAUCUAUUGCCUUCAAAGUUACUGUUGAUGGGUCCUCAAAUGGUGCGACUACUCCUUCAGCCAAAUCAGAAGUACCCGCAUUGGAUACCAAUGAUUCUAAGCCAUCAAAUGAGCUUGUUGCUGCUGCUAUGGGUUCGGAAGAAUCAAUCUCUGAGUUCAUUACUCAAGUUGCAAAUCUUGUCAAGGAUAUUGUGGAGUUGCAGUUGAAACAGUUUGGCUAUGAACUCUUAAUCCGUAAAAAAGAGGCCUUGCUUCUACCCUCAUCUUCUGCUCCAGUUGUUAUGAUGCAUUCAUCUCCACCAGCUGUAGCAACACUAGCUUUCCAAGCUGCUCCACCUGUUGUUCCCUCAGCACCUUCUGUCCCACCACCUUCUACAGCUGCUACUAAGUCAGCUAAGCCAUCCCUUCCCCCUCUUAAAUGCCCUAUGGCAGGCACAUUCUACCAAAGUCCAGCACCUGGUGAACCGCCAUUUGUGAAGGUUGGGGACAAGGUACAGAAAGGACAAGUUCUGUGCAUUAUUGAGGCCAUGAAGUUGAUGAAUGAAAUAGAAAUGCUUACAGUUGCUCUUGUGUACUACUUGAUAAAAUGUAAAUAUUUAGAUGUGAAGUUACAGCCCAGCGGUGUAGAGUGA